UGUGUCGCAGGCGACUACUCACGGUUUAUGAGGGGGUCUUCUCUGGGACUGAUUUAGUUAAUUGGUUGUUGGAGGCUGAUGUGGCUGAUAGUCGGGAGGAGGCUGUACGGUAUGGAAGGUGUCUUCUUGAGAGCCGGUUACUGCAUCAUGUCGAUGGUACUCAUCAUUUUCAUGAUAACAAUAUUUUGUAUACUUUCCGGGGGUAGAUGAUUAUUUCCUACCGCUCGGGGGGGAGUGAGGGGGAAGUAUUUAUUUGUGGAAAAGAGAUAUUCUGAAAUGGGGAAUAGGAUUUUUUUAUGAAUGGAAGAGACAGGCGGAAUGAACCGUCUUUUCAUUUUCAAAGGAUUUUUUUUUCAACUUUUAAUGAGACUUAAUUUGUUUUACUCCACUCUCUUUUAUUCUUGGUUGAAAAGUAAUAACUUCUUCAAUUCAGAAUACUCUUUUUUAAAUUAAUCCUGCUUCAGUAUUGUGAUUUCAUUAUUGAAUUAUUCGGUAUCAUUCUCGUAAUCCAAAGAUUGUACGGGUAUUAACGACUGUUAGUGACAUAUUCGAUGAUGGAGUCAAACAUCGAUAUAAAAAGAUUGUACUGAGGUUUUUUUAUUUUUGAAUAUCAUUUUUCUGUGGCGCAGUAACUCUGCAGGCCAAUUUUGCUGCGUCUGUACUGCACAUUAGCGAAUAAUUCAACGCACCGGUCAUAGUUAAUUAUUUUAUGCUAAAUGAAGAACAAUCGAUUGUUUGAGAAGAGAGGAAUGAACAAAGGCUGUGUCGUGUUGUGAACAAUAUCAGCGGCUCUCAGAUUCAUAGAUGAACCAAUAUUUGAAAGAACUUCUUAACGUCAUUCAUUAUCUUGCUUCAUAUAUUUCGUGAUAAUUAAGAUAAUUUCUGGUGACAAAUGUGAUAAAGAGAAGAAAUGCUAUGAACUUUAAUUAGCAUCAUUAGUAUUGAACUCUAAAACUCUAUUUUUUAGGAGGAGAAUAAGAUUUGAAUUGCGCGAAAGUCUCGUUUAUUGCACUGCGUGAAUGAAAAUGUAGCGCAGUGCAUUUGCCAAAGAAAGGAUCAAUAAAUACACGAUAGUUGAAUA